UGCGUUUUGCGUUGUGUGCUGCAGGGCGGGAGUUUCGUUUUCUUGCCUCAUUUUGUUUACCCCAAUUUUAGCUUAUUAUAAUGAAAAGUAAUUCGCCGGUAACGUUAAUUCGCCUGUCAUCUUCUUCUUUACUUCUCAGACUUUGACUUCCAGUAAACACAGAAACAUCAGUAUGGCUGCAGCCCCAGUGGAGUACACCAUAGGUGGUGUAAAAAUAAACUUCCCAUGCAAAGCCUAUCCCUCUCAGCUGGCUAUGAUGAACUCGAUUAUUCGUGGACUUAAUAAUGGGCAGCAUUGUCUAUUGGAGAGCCCAACUGGUAGUGGGAAGAGUCUUGCUCUUCUGUGUUCGGCCCUCGCGUGGCAGCAAGCACAAUUCAGUAAGGAGCAGGAUGCGAAUAGCAGCUCUUGUGACAAAAAAAAUGACUGUAAAAAAACAGAAGUGACAACUCCGUGUCAAUGUUUGUGCCAUAGCCGAGCUGUUAAUGGAACUUCCAGCAGUAUGGCAUCCAACCCUUUUGGGGUUAAUCUUACUGCUGAAUGCACUUCUGUUCAAGCUACAACCCCUGUUUCAAAAGGAGCAGUCACUGGUGACCAGCCAAAAAGAUCCACUUUGUCCUCUCGUCUCUCUGAGAAAUUUCAAGCCUCCCUUUCCACUGAAAGUGAACAAGACGAUGAUUUUAAGAUGGACAGGAAGCGCAUUCGUACACCAAGCACAGAGCAGAAGAACAGCAAAAGGAGAUGUCUUGAACGAGGGGUCAUUUACAUUGAUGAUGAUGAUGAAGAUCUGGAGAGACCUGGGCCAAGUGCACAGAGGACCACGGAACGUCAUAGUGAUGCAUGGGCACAGCCACAGUGUUGUUCUCCCGUGUCUUGUUCUCUGUGUCCUUGCGGCAGCCUCAAAGCAGGACAGAAAACGGUUGAAAAGGCCAAAGACAACGAGCAAGACAAAGAGGGAGUUGGAAGGAAAAAGAUCCCAAAGAUCUUCUUUGGCACACGUACUCAUAAGCAGAUAACGCAGAUUGCACGGGAGCUAAAACGAACGCUGUACUCCAGCGUGCCCAUGACCAUCCUCUCCAGUCGAGACCACACCUGCGUCCACCCCGAAGUGGUUCCUCAUGCCAGUCGCAAUGAACGCUGCAAGGAGCUGCUGGAGGCCAAGAAUGGCCGGUCAUGCCGGUACUACCAUAAUGUGAAUAAAAUGCGAGAUCAGAGCACUUUACAGUGGGUGCAUGGGCUGCACCAUGCCUGGGACAUUGAGGAUCUGGUGCGUCUUGGUGGCAAGCUGCGCUCCUGUGCGUACUUUGCAGCUCGGGAACUCAUGCAGGAGGCCAGCAUUGUCUUCUGUCCUUACAACUAUCUACUUGACCCCCUCAUACGUGAGAGUAUGGAAAUCAAUCUAAAGGAACAGAUUGUAGUGCUGGAUGAGGCUCAUAACAUUGAAGACUGUGCCCGUGAGAGUGCCAGUUUCACCCUGAAUCAUGCCCAGCUGCUUCUGGCACGAGAUGAGAUUGAUGGAAUGGUGACGCACAAUAUUCGCCGCGAACAUCAUAGGCCUUUACUCGCCCUCUGCUGCAGCCUUUCCAAUUGGGUGCAGGAAUGCUCCAGUGCCUUGGAGGAGCGCGGGUAUGAGACAUCCUGUAAGGUCUGGACAGGGACAGAGGCUCUUGCUAUCUUCCAUGGCUUUGGCAUCACUGCAGACACAUUCUCAUUGCUGCAGAAACACCUAGCAGCAGUGCUGGAGAAGGAGGAACGGGCUGGGCUGGUGAAUGGGAGAGAGGAAUUGGUGCAGGUUCCCACCAUCAGCUCCAAUACUCAGUCAAUGCUCAAAAGCCUCUUUAUGGUGCUGGAGUUCCUGUUCAGACAUAAUAGCAGAUUUGCAGGUGAUUAUCGUGUGGCGCUCCAGCAGAGUUAUACGUGGACCACCCAGCAGGACCCGCCUGACGCUCAGGGUUUUUUUGCAAGGCCCAACCGUCGCAGACAGAGCACCCGCACAAAAACCUUGGUGCACACACUAAGCUUUUGGUGCCUCAACCCUGCAGUGGCAUUCUCGGAUCUGAGCGAUUCGGUGCGAAGUAUUGUGCUCACCUCAGGCACCCUCUCACCAAUGGGCUCCUUUUCUUCUGAACUGGGCAUCAAGUUCUCCAUCCAACUGGAGGCCAGUCACGUCAUCAGCAGGUCACAGGUCUGGGUCGGCACAGUUGGUGCAGGCCCCCAAGGUCGUAAGCUUUGUGCCACAUUCCAGCAUGCAGAGACCUUUGCUUUCCAGGAUGAAGUGGGGGAACUGUUAUUGAAAGUAUGCCACACAGUGAAACGUGGGGUACUUUGCUUCCUUCCAUCUUACAAGAUGCUGGAUAAACUCAGGGACCGGUGGAUAAACACAGGCCUGUGGGAGAAGCUCGAGGAGCGGAAGACUGUGAUUACAGAGCCACGUGGUGGUGGCAAGGGCGACUUUGAUGAGCUUCUGCAGACCUACUAUGAGGCCAUCAGUGGAACGGCAGCCAACGGUGGAAAUCGAGAUGGAGCUCUGCUGGUAGCAGUCUGCAGAGGGAAAGUGAGCGAGGGCCUAGACUUCACUGAUGACAAUGCCAGAGCGGUUGUCACUAUUGGCAUUCCUUUCCCAAAUAUCAAAGAUUUGCAGGUUGAACUUAAGAUGAAAUAUAAUGACCAGCAUGCCAAAUCAAGAGGGCUUCUGCCUGGUGGUCGCUGGUAUGAGAUUCAAGCAUUUCGGGCACUAAACCAAGCACUUGGAAGGUGUAUACGCCAUAGAAAUGAUUGGGGGGCUCUGAUUCUGGUAGACGACCGAUUCAGGACAAACCCAAACAAAUACAUCACUGGGCUGUCAAAGUGGGUGCGUCAGCUAGUGAAGCACCAUGACACCUUCUCUGGCGCCAUGCAGUCCUUGGAGUCCUUCUCUCAUGACCAGCAGGGGGCAGUAGAGACCUUUGAUGAGACCCAAUCUCAGGCUGCCCCUCCGUACCCCAUGCCCUCGCUGAUCAGAUCCACUGCUACCUCACCCCCUCCUGAGAUAAUCAGCCCCCAUAAGCUUUCUAGCCUUCAGCCACCACAACCGACCAUGCACACUGAGGUUCAGGCUCCCAACCUGGACAGCAGGUCUUUUGAAGCAGGUGACCAAAACAAUAUACAGCAUCCAUCCGAACCAAUCGCAUCAUCAGAUAGGGAACGCAAUGUUCAAAGAACAAUACAGUCUACGAGCCGUCUCUUCUCCUCAACUCCGGUCAGCAGCCAAUUCAGGACCCCUAUCUUUCAAUCUCAGCGAUCAGAGAAGAUGCUUUCUCAGGAUGCAAAUUCAGUGGACAAAAAACAGGAAGUUGUGCUUCCUGUGGAACCAAAGCCUCAAACUAAUAAUACUCCUGUAUUGAAUAAAAGUUCGGUUGACCCUCUACAUGAGCAACUACAACCCAAUAAGCAGGACACGAGUGGAAAUGAUCUUGAAGACACGGAGGAAGAUGAACCGAGCAUCUUCUACAGCCCUGAGCUGUUUGAAGCCGAUGAGGAAGAGGAGACGGCUAUAAUACAUGCAGUGAAACCUCCUCUGAAUACACAAGUUAAUGCUUGCCCGUCUAUAAGCAAAGCUGAAGGGCUUUCUGAGGAUCUGUUUGGCUCAGAACAGGUCAAGAGGACAUUGUCUGAAGGCCUGGUGAGCAGCGCAGAGCCAGACGCUGCAUUAUUACAGCGUAAUACAGAGCAGGCAGACAGCUCUAGUUCAGACUUUGAGAAUAGGCCUGUAUUACAAAAGGGCUCCAGCAGUAGCCAGGCACGUAGACUCUCCAGAUCUAGGCAGAAAAGGCCCAGCAUGGCAGAAACAUCAGGUAAACUCACUAGCUACUUCAAAUACAUCCCACCAGCCAACCAACCUAACAUAAUCACAAUUGAUGACUGAUCAUGUUUUAGCUUUGUGCAUGGUGAGGAAAGGAAAGAAGUGAAUGUGUAUAGUUAUGAUGGUGUAACAUUGUGGAGUACGAAUCUGUAAUAAGUUGGCAAAUAGAUAUGUACCUUAAAAGAAUUAUUAAAAUAAGCGACACACACACACAGUAUGUACUCUCUAAACCAUCGGGUUGAUUUUAAUAAGAUGGUGGGAGGGUUAUUUCACUUGGCUAAAAGGUUCAUUUUUACUAGAAAUUACAGCCUAUUAAAGUUUUAUUUGUGUGAACUCUGAAUGUAAACAGGGGGCAGCUGUGUAGUGCUGGGGGCCGGGAAGCCAUGUUUGAAUGGCCAGCAGGUCUGUAAACAGGCACAGGAAGCUUUCUUCAUUUAUCUCCCUUUUACUAAACACUUUGAAAACAACAGCAUCUAGCUUAAUACAUUUCAAAGCCACAUUAUUAAUAAUGUAGGGAAAUUUGUAGUCAUAAAAUGUUUUUAUUCUGCCUCGAUGAUGGUAGUAAUAUUUUUCAAAUGUAAAUAAAAAGCCUUUGUAUUCA